AUGGCGCCAAAGAUGACGCCAUUCUCGCUGCUCGACAAAAUGGCGACGACGAGGACGCUCGCAUCUUCAGCGGAAGUACACUGGCUCUGCCGAUUGCUGCUGCUCGGCGUUUGCAUUGGCGCCGCCGCAGCUCGAGACAUUUCAUCUUCGUCAGUCUAUGCACGCACUGCCCCUGAUGACGUCGCCUUCUAUUGCCCAGAGGAAGGACUAUUUCCCGAUGACUACGACUGUCGCAUCUACUAUCGCUGUGAGAAGCGUUCCGAGCAUUACAUCAAACCAUACAUAUUUGCCUGUAGGGAAGGCACGGUCUUCUCGCGUACCCUGCAGUUGUGUAUGCCACCGAUGCUGGCCGGUCGUGGGGAGUGCGCCCAGUAUAUGAAUGAAAUCGAUAGUAGCGUCGAGACCGACAGCCAGCUGGCGUUUGAUGGGCUCGUCAGUAACCAGAAUGGACAUAAUGCGAUGCUUAACAGCGCCGUCACACCCGCCGCCUUGAAGCUGCACACCUAUGCAACUGCAAAUCAGUUGCCCACAAAUUAUGGACUGACAGGACUGAGUGGUGUUUCAGUCAUAUCCUUUUCGAGCUCAUCAUCUUUGCGCUCGGCCGGGGAUGAUGGUGUGGCGUGCGAGGAUGACGGAUUUAUGAGUGAUCCCAGUGACUGCACCGUGUUCUAUCGCUGCAUCUCCAAUGGACGUGGCUAUAAUAAAAUCGGGUUCCGUUGCUCGGACGGCACCGCCUGGGAUGAGUCUCUGCAGUCGUGCAACCAUAUGUUUGAUGUACGUGCUAAUGGCGGUUGCCGCAAUCAAGCUGCCCCGCUGAGCGAUGACCAAACAUCGACACAGUCAUCCCAAACGAGCUAUCAGAAUACCACCUCAUCGUCGUCGUCGUCAAACAGUCAGCAAAGCUCUUCGACAAGCUCCUCAACGUCCACGUCGUCUAGUAACUCCUCUUCCUCCAGCUCCUCAAAUCAACAAGAAUCAAGUUCAAAUCAGGAGUCUUCCACAUCCAGCAGUAAUCAACAAUCUACAUCCAGCUCCAGCAACACACAGUCCUCAAGCAGUACAGAGAGUUCAGCCAGUAGCAACCAGCAAAGCAGCUCGGGUUCUGCAAACCAAAGCUCUGGAAAUAAUCAGUCCUCGAGCAAUAAUCAAAACACAGGUAGCAGCUCAAGCAGUAACCAGAAUCAAAGCUCUAGCAAUCAAAGCUCAAACAAUAACCAGAAUCAAAACUCUAACAGUAACCAAUCUUCCAGCGGUAAUCAGAGCAACCAAGGCUCAUCAAGCAAUCAAUCUUCGAGUGGAUCUGACAGCCAAUCAAAUCAAAAUGCUAUAAAACCUACUGCGAACGAGUGCGAGGAUGAGAACACAUAUAUUCCCGAUAAAAUGGAUUGCGCCAAGUUUUACAGAUGUCGCUUAGAUGGCAAUGGAAAUUUUGAGAAGGUACCAUUUACAUGUGGUCCUGGUACUGUAUGGGGUCAAGAGGAAAAAGUUUGCGUUCUGCCCAGCGAAGAUCAAAAGAAACAAUGCAAUAUACAAUCUGGAUCAUCUAGUAGUGGAAAUAAUCAAAGUGGCUCAUCUUCAUCUUCGAGUUCCAAUAACCAGUCUGCUUCAAACCAAAGUUCAUCUUCCAAUCAAGGCUCUUCUUCUAAUCAAGGAUCGUCCUCCAAUCAAGGAUCAUCCUCUAAUCAAGGGUCUUCCUCCAAUCAAGGAUCGUCAUCCAAUCAAAGUUCAUCGUCGAAUCAAGGAUCAUCUUCUAAUCAAGGAUCGUCAUCCAAUCAAGGAUCGUCUUCCAAUCAAGGGUCGUCUUCCAAUCAAGGGUCGUCUUCCAAUCAAGGAUCGUCAGCUAAUCAAGGAUCUUCCUCCAAUCAGGGUUCAUCGUCUAAUCAGGGAUCGUCCUCCAACCAAAGCUCGUCGUCGAAUCAAGGGUCGUCUUCUAAUCAGGGAUCAUCAUCCAAUCAAGGAUCGUCCUCCAACCAAGGAUCUUCAUCUAAUCAAGGUUCGACCUCCAAUCAAGGAUCGUCUUCCAAUCAAGGGUCGUCUUCCAAUCAAGGAUCGUCAGCUAAUCAAGGAUCUUCCUCCAAUCAGGGUUCAUCGUCUAAUCAGGGAUCGUCCUCCAACCAAAGUUCGUCGUCGAAUCAAGGGUCGUCAUCUAAUCAGGGAUCAUCAUCCAAUCAAGGAUCGUCCUCCAACCAAGGAUCUUCAUCUAAUCAAGGUUCGACCUCCAAUCAAGGAUCGUCUUCCAAUCAAGGGUCGUCUUCCAAUCAAGGAUCGUCAGCUAAUCAAGGAUCUUCCUCCAAUCAGAGUUCAUCGUCUAAUCAGGGAUCGUCCUCCAACCAAAGUUCGUCGUCGAAUCAAGGGUCGUCAUCUAAUCAGGGAUCAUCAUCCAAUCAAGGAUCGUCCUCCAACCAAGGAUCUUCAUCUAAUCAAGGUUCGUCGUCGAAUCAAGGAACAUCCUCUAAUCAGGGAUCCUCUUCUAAUGAAGGUUCCUCCUCCAAUCAAGGAACGUCAUCCAAUCAAGGCUCGACCUCCAAUCAAGGAUCGUCAACCUCUAAUCAGGGUUCUUCAUCAAAUCAAGGAUCAUCAUCAAGUCAAGGAUCAUCCUCCAAUCAAGGAUCCUCCUCUAGUUCAGGAACGUCUUCCAGUCAAGGCUCAUCCUCCAACCAAGGUUCUUCGUCGAAUCAAGAGUCGUCGUCUAAUCAAGGAUCAUCGUCUAAUCAAGGUUCUUCGUCUAAUCAAGGAUCCUCUUCCAAUCAAGGAACGACUUCCAGCCAAGAAUCAACUACUACGACCCAGAAACCAUUUAAGCCGGCAGAUAAGUGCGAGAGCGAAGAGACCUUCUUAGCUAACAAUGAAAACUGUUCGAAAUUCUAUCGCUGCGUCGAUAAUGGCAAGGGUGGCUUUACGAAAGUAUCAUUUACUUGCCCACCAAAUACGAUUUGGCAUCCCGAGGCCAACAGCUGUAACCAUCCAUCACAAGUUGAUAUGCAAAGCCUUAAAUGCAAGCGAGUCACCCCUGCCCAACCGGCAAGCGGCAGCAGUAGUAGUAACAGCAAUACCCAACAAUCGUCCACUUCAUCCUCCACGUCAUCAUCAUCAGGCAGCAGCACAACACAGCAAACCACAUCGUCAAACUCCCAGUCUAGCAGCAGUACAAGCUCAACAACAUCAGGCUCAAGUACCUCAAGUUCCACCUCAACCCCAAUGCCGUCUGGUAGCUGUAAGGUUAAUGGACAAUUCUUAGGAGAUGGUACGAACUGUGCCAAGUUCUAUCGCUGCGUAGACAAUGAUAGAGGUGGUUUUAAUACGGUGGCCUUCUUCUGCCCCCCUGGAACUGUAUGGGACGGUCAGAUUGAGGCCUGUAAUCAUGCCUGGGCCGUUAAAGACAAAAGCUGUGGCAACAGCGAAACCACUGAACGGCCAGAGAUUACAGACUCAACGCCAAGUUACGGCGGUCAAUCCUCGACCACUCCAAAACCAGCGGUAAAACCGUCUACGCUAAAACCAACUACUCAAGACACAACAACGAAGAAACCCUCUGCGCAGAAACCAACUACUCAGAAACCUGUUACACAAAAACCAACUAGCUCAUCUGGGAAUGUAGAGUGUAAAUCUGAGGGUUUCAUUGGUGAUCCAAGCAACUGUGCCAAAUUCUAUCGCUGCAUAAGCAAUGGCAAGGGCGGCUUUAGCCAGGUGCCAUUCCACUGCGCUGCGGGUACAGUUUGGGAUCAGGACCUACAAACGUGCAAUCACGAUUUGAAUGCGUGCAAUCCAAUCCCCGAAGAUGGCGGUGGUAAUGCUACCACUGAGUCUGAUAAGGGUCCUUGUGACAAUACCACGGUAAAGCCUACAUUUAAACCGACUUCAGAGACCACCUUAUCACCCAGCACAUUGGAGCCCAGUAUAACAAAUCGUCCAACUGAGCCGGCUACGGAAUCAACAACCGAACAGAUUACAACCAACCAGCCUACCACUACAUACAAACCUACAACAACAAUACGGACUACGACGACCAAACAGACCACAAAUGAAAAUCAGUCCACUACUACAACAUGGACAACUUCCACGGAAGCUUCAUCAACUGAAACAAGCACUCAAACUACAACCAUGAUUCCCGAAACUACUACCAAGGUACCCAACUUGCCACCUGGCACCAAAUGUAAGGGCGAAGGAUUUAUGGCUGAUCCCAACAAUUGCCGCAAGUUCUAUCGCUGCCAAAAGACCGGCGAAUCGUACUCGAAACAUGAAUUCAUGUGCGCCAAGAAUACAGGCUGGAAUGAAGACUUGCAAACAUGUGAUCAUGCUCAAAAUGUGCCAGGUUGCGCGGGUCAAACUGAAGAUCCAACAGAAGCUACAACUGAAAUUACUUCUACUGAGGCCAUAACAAAACCAACCACUAUAGAACCACCAACAAAACCUACAACUGAAACAGUUACGAAACCAACCACUUUUGAGCCACCAACAAAACCUACAACUGAAACAGUUACGAAACCAACGGAUCCUCCAACUAAGCCGACGACAGAUAACCCAACCACUACAGAAAAUAUUUGGAAGCCAACAGACUCCACAAUAAAGCCAACUGACGUGCCAACAAAACCUACUGAUUAUACGGAUAAGCCAACGGAAAUUCCCAUUAAGCCCACUGACUAUCCAGUCACUAAGCCAAGCACCACAGAAGCGUAUCCAGAGACUUCAACUGGGUUUACAACAUCAUUCCCAGGCUAUCCUCCAACUACAACUGAAGAUAAUCCGAGCACUACGCAAGAGUCAACAGUCAACUUCAAGUGCCCUGCUGAAGGUUUCCAUGCUGAUCCUGAGGAUUGCAGUAUUUACUAUCGCUGUACAAAAACCAACGAUAAAUAUCAAGUAUACAAGUUCCGCUGUCCAAAGGGCACAGUGUGGGACACAUCGCUGGAGACUUGCAACUACGCAGAUCAGGUGUCUGGUAACUGCUCCUCUGGCAGCAUGACUUCAACAGCAAGCCCAAGUGAGGCAACCACACCAUGGACGGAGAUGCCAACAAGCACUGUGAAGCCGGUGACAACAGUUAAGCCCGAGACAACAACUAACACGCCCAGCACCACAGGUGGGGUGGUUGACCCUACAACCACUAAUAAGCCAGUAGAGACAACUACGGAGCAGGAGCCCAAGCCUUAUCCAGAGCCAUCAACCAACUCAAGUGCUCCAUGUCCCACGACUACAGAGGACCAAAGCUUGUUUGUCUGCCCAUCGGGCUUCCGUCGGCAUUCCAAGCAGUGCGGCGUAUUUUACCAAUGCAAUGAGAAUUCAAAUUCAAAUCUAAAUAUUGUGCUGUUCCAAUGUCCCAAUGGUACUGUUUAUCACGAAGCAUCAUGCCGUUGCGCCAAGCCAGGGCCGGACGACACCUGCAGCAACAACGACGUGUUGAUCCCACGUACGCAGCUUUUCGAGGAGGAACCGCAACCGCUUAACCUGGUGCAAAUCCAUUCCACAGCGCCGCUUUGCCCGGAGGAGGGGCACUUUGCCCUGAACCAGGAUGAAUGCAGCCAGGUGUUUGUCAAAUGCGGCUACUCCCAGCAGACAGGACAUAUCGAGGGCCAAAUAUACCGCUGCCCGCAAGGCUUUGCCUACUGGAAUGUGAGCCGCCGCUGCGAGCCUGCCAAAAAGCUAACCAGCUGCACCCCAGCCACAUACAAUGUGGGCGAUAGUGUGCCGCUGGAGUGGGUCAACAUUGGCCACAGACGUCGCAAUCUUCGCAUCUAAAACACAUACACAUA